AAAACUGCGCCUCCUCUAUCUCUUAUUCUCUUUCCUCAGAAAAACAGAGGAAGACACGGAAAGAGUGAAUGACUGUUGUCACAGUCGAUGAUAUCGUCUUCAUUGUAUACUCUGAAGCUAAUGGCGACGGAGCUGAGGUUAUGAAGCAGAGAUAAGAACAAUGGUCAUGAUGGAGUGUCUUGGAACUCGAAACAUUGCAGCAAUGGCGGGUUAUCCUUCCCCUGCACGGAGGUGUCGAGCAAGGAGACUAAGUGGGAAACACUCGACUCGGCUUCAUUGGUACCGUUCCCGUAUACCAACUAUACAAGCGAGGGCUGGUGAUGGGAGUGAAAGCUGUGUGGUCGUUAAAGAAGAUUUUGUUGACGAGGAAGAUUAUAUCAAAGCUGGGGGUUCGGAGCUACUUUUUGUCCAAAUGCAGCAGACCAAGCCCAUGGACAAGCAGGCGAAGAUCGCCGACAAGUUGCCAUCAAUAACUGUUGGAGAGUCUAUACUUGAUUUGGUAGUGAUUGGUUGUGGUCCGGCUGGCCUCUCUUUGGCUGCAGAAUCGGCUAAGUUAGGCUUAAAAGUUGGCCUCGUUGGACCAGAUCUUCCUUUUACGAAUAAUUAUGGUGUGUGGGAGGACGAAUUUAAAGGUCUUGGGCUUGAAAAGUGCAUUGAGCAUGUUUGGAAAGACACCAUUGUUUAUCUUGAUAGUGAUGAUCCAAUUCUGAUUGGCCGUGCAUAUGGACGAGUUAGUCGUCAUUUGUUACAUGAAGAGUUAUUGAAAAGGUGUGUCGAGUCAGGUGUUUCAUACCUUAAUUCAAAGGUGGAAAGGAUCAUUGAAGCUACAGAUGGCCAUAGUCUUGUCAUUUGUGAAAGAGAUAUUAUUAUUCCUUGCAGGUUUUACAGGUUUGCAACUGUUGCAUCUGGAGCAGCUUCAGGGAAACUCUUGCAGUAUGAGGUGGGGGGGCCCCGUGUUUCUGUGCAAACAGCUUAUGGGGUAGAAGUUGAGGUGGAAAACAAUCCAUAUGAUCCUAGUUUAAUGGUUUUCAUGGACUAUAGAGAUUACACAAAACCGGCAGUUCAAUGCUUGGAAGCAGAAUAUCCAACAUUUCUUUAUGUCAUGCCCAUGUCACCAACAAGAGUUUUCUUUGAGGAGACUUGUUUGGCCUCAAGAGAUGCCAUGCCCUUUGAUCUGUUGAAGAAAAAAUUGAUGUCUAGGUUGGAUAACAUGGGUGUUCGAAUAAUAAAAACUUAUGAAGAGGAGUGGUCCUAUAUACCUGUUGGUGGAUCAUUACCAAAUACAGAGCAAAAGAAUUUAGCAUUUGGUGCUGCAGCUAGCAUGGUGCAUCCAGCUACAGGCUAUUCAGUUGUGAGAUCUUUAUCAGAGGCUCCAAAAUAUGCUUCUGUAAUUGCAAAUAUAUUGAAGCAAGGAAUGGAUUCCAAGCAUGUAAUGACUCCUGAUAAGAACAUUGGAAAUAUUUCAAUGCAAGCUUGGAGUUCUCUUUGGCCACAAGAAAGGAAACGUCAGAGAUCAUUUUUUCUCUUUGGACUGGCAUUAAUUUUGCAAUUGGAUAUUGAAGGCAUCAGAACAUUCUUUCACACUUUCUUCCGUUUACCUAAUUGGAUGUGGCAGGGUUUUCUUGGUUCUACCCUUUCAUCAGCAAACCUCAUAGUGUUUGCUUUUUAUAUGUUUGUUAUGGCACCGAAUAGCAUGAGAAUGUGCCUAAUUAGACAUCUUCUUUCUGAUCCUACUGGAUCAACUAUGGUGAGAACUUUUCUGACUUUAUAAUUUGAGUGCGUCAAGUUUAAACACAUAUAUUGUUCUAUCCUACUGUAUUACUCUAACGUAGAAGUAUGAAUCAUUGGAAGGUUGUGUAUAUAAUACAUUUCUUCGUAUAUUCUGAAAUCUUA